GGUCAGUAUGGAGUACAACAAAUGGGCUCCACAAUUCCAACCCACCGCACAGCGACUGCGUGUGACCCUUGGAUCCAAAGCGUCUGUGCCUGGAAGGAGUCAGCGCAGCCAAUGGUGCAAUCAUAGGCGUUCGUCACGGCACAACAGGGGAAUUGCGAGCUUUUCUUGGCCUCUUUCCCUGGUAACACUGGGGGUCAUACUUCCUGACUAUAUAAAAACCUUCCCCGCCGCAAUGUCUGGUACCAGUCUAUAGUAGUCCCCAUCAGCUAAAGAGAAGAGAGAAAAAAAAGGAAAAAGAAAACUGAAAACAUAUUUUUCUCAAUUCACAUCCCACUUCUUUCUCUUCUUCGCGUGAAUUCAUCUCGACGUUGUUCAAUUGUACUUUGUACCGUUGCAUUCCGGUCCAUCGUUUACCACACAACUAUAUCCAGCGAUCCGCUUGGAGAUCUGCCGUCAUUGAGUCAUCGAGCCUAAAUCGUUGUUUAGAUACACCACACAGAGUCAUACAGCAAUCAUGCCAGCCUCAGUGAAUUACCGGGUCAUUGAGCCCCAUCCUUCCGUCUCGCGUCCAGCUCUCCAUACAGCUCGCGGCGGCGCAGGCAACAUUAUCAGCCUGAAAAACACCAAGACCACCCCUUCGCAGACGGCUACCGGUCCAGCAUCCUUGACACGUCUGGACUCCCAUGUUCCCGCCGUCUACAAGUCAGGCCGUGGUGGCGCAGGAAACGUCCACAGCAGCAGCGAGCGCGCCAUCUUCAGCUUCGACGAGGAACUCGAACGGGACCUCCGUCGCGCCGCUCCAGUCUACCACGUCGGCCGCGGUGGUGCCGGAAACAUGGUCUACAGCGACAACGGAAGCACCCUGAGUCGCAAGUUCUCCAUCAGCAGCAAUACCACGUCGAGUAGCACGGGGUCGACCACCUCCACCCGGGAGAAGGCCCUGCGCGGCUUAGAGAAGGGUUGGGGCAAGUUGAGGGGAAUGGCAUAGAGGCGUUUUGCAAUAUACAUCCGCAUACGGCUUGCCGUCCUUUGGUUCGAGCGUUCUCGCAUUUCGCAUUUCGAACAUGAACAUCACGACUUACGACCCCCCCAAAAAAGUUUUCUGUUUUUCGUCUCUCGUCGAUCUCCUCUUUCCAACUUCAUUUGCGAUUCUCGACAAACCCUACUUCAACAUCCCCUUUUAAUCUCGUCAAUUCGCUUUUCUCUAGGAGAAAAGAACCGAUUAUCUGUUUUAACUUGCUGUUCGCUUGCGCCAUUUCUCGACUCCCAUGUCGAUAUUGAUACCCCCACCAAUGCCAACCGGCACUUUACUUUCUUGACUGCCUGUUCAGGGUCAAUCAACAUUGUUUCAACACAUCUUCACUCUUCAUGUCUUCAUAUCUCUAUAUGUACGCCCGGUUCUGGAAUCGGCAACUGGGCUUUCACGUCCUUUUACCUUAUAUAUACUAUAUUUCCAAACAGGAAACUACUACUUCAGUCCCUGAAUCAAUGAACGGGAACAAGAAAGUUCGAACGCGCAUUAUAUCUCCUUGCUUUUCUCGAUGUAGAGCUAUAUCUUGUAGACUGUAUGUUUUAGACUAGUAUCCCUGGUAUGUGUACCCCU